ACUUGUGGAGGCACUAUGGAUAUAUACAAGUGUUUGAGCGUACUUUUCUUCACUCUUCCUCCACAAGUUUGUUCCCAAACUGGACCCCGGGCCCAUGCCGAGGAAAGGUUGCUCCAGGAUCUGUUUGUACAUUACAAUAAGCUCUCCCGGCCAGUGGAAAACACUUCUGACACAGUCCUAGUACACUUUGGACUCUCUAUCGCCCAGCUUAUAGAUGUGGAUGAGAAGAACCAGAUGAUGACCACAAACGUCUGGGUCAAGCAAGAAUGGAACGAUUACAAACUCCGCUGGAACCCGGAGCAAUAUGAAAAUGUCACCUCCAUCCGUAUUCCCUCAGAGAUCAUCUGGAGGCCCGACAUUGUCCUCUACAACAAUGCUGAUGGCGACUUUGCGGUAACUCAUCUCACAAAGGCACACCUAUUCUAUGAUGGUCGGAUAAAAUGGAUGCCACCAGCCAUUUACAAGUCUUCGUGCAGCAUAGAUGUCACAUUUUUCCCUUUUGACCAGCAAAGCUGCAAGAUGAAAUUUGGUUCAUGGACCUAUGACCGUGCCAAGAUCGAUCUGAUCAACAUGGCCAGCGAUGUGGACCAGAUGGACUAUUGGGAAAGUGGCGAGUGGGUCAUAAUGAAUGCAGUGGGCAAGUACAAUACUAAAAAGUAUGAGUGCUGCACAGAGAUAUAUGCGGACAUCACUUACUACUUCAUCAUCCGGAGGCUUCCGUUAUUCUACACCAUAAACCUUAUCAUCCCCUGUCUACUUAUCUCCUGCUUGACUGUACUGGUGUUUUAUUUGCCAUCACAGUGUGGAGAGAAGAUCACUUUGUGCAUAUCAGUGUUACUGUCCCUAACAGUAUUCCUCCUGCUGAUCACAGAGAUAAUACCAUCUACAUCACUGGUCAUUCCACUGAUUGGCGAAUACCUGCUUUUUACCAUGGUCUUUGUCACACUCUCCAUCAUAAUUACUGUCUUUGUUUUAAACGUACACCACCGAUCUCCACAAACCCAUGGCAUGCCUCACUGGGUGCGGAGAGUAUUCUUGGACUUGGUUCCUCGAGUCCUCUUCAUGAAGCGUCCGCCAGGCACAGCCAAGCAGCACUGCAAAAAGCUUAUUGAAAUGAUGCACGGUCCAACCACGAUAUCAGUAACGGACAACUCUCAGGCUUUUUGGUCAGGGUUAGAGACAGGGUUGAGACAAUUAGGAGAGAUUGACAAUACAUUUCCAAAGACCCCAUCAGACAGUCCAAACAUUGUGGUCUGCUCCCCUUCUCCACCCUCUUCUCCAAUUGAGGACCUCAAUGAAAAAGAUCAUCUACCGAAAGCCAGCAUUUUCUGCCGGUCCGCAACUGGUCUGUAUUCAGUUCUCUCAGAGAAGCAACUCCACCGGGGUCACAAUUCGUCGGCCUCGUCUUCUUCCCAAUUGUCCUUGCCCCCAACUUUGCCACUGGGCCCCCUUCACAGCCUAUCCAGGGAAGAACCAAAUGCACUGGCCCCAAAUGGGCGCUCCCUCAGUGUAGAACAAAUGUGUGACCAAAAGAGGGAACUUCCUCAGACAACUGGGCAUCGGUGUCGCUCCCGCAGCUUCCAGUACUGCUGUUUUCACAAUGAAGGCUCUGGGACCACUGGGAUUGCAGGGCGAGUGAAACAAGCCUUUACAGAUCACCUAGCAGAAACCCUCACAGCAGAGUCCAGUAAAGAUGCGAGUACCCAGCAGGACCCCAUACUUCCAACUAUUUCCCCAGCUGUGAAACGAGCCAUAGAGGGAGUACAAUACAUUGCUGAUCAUCUCAGGGCAGAGGAUGCAGACUUUUCAGUGAAGGAGGACUGGAAGUAUGUGGCUAUGGUCAUUGACAGGAUAUUCCUCUGGAUGUUUGUCCUGGUGUGCAUACUGGGAUCUGUUGGACUCUUUCUUCCUCCUUGGCUGGCUGGAAUGAUCUAA